UAAAAUUAAGAAAAAAAUAAAUCGAAAAUGAGAAUUUCUCGUCUCAAGAAUGCUUUAAUAUAAAGUCAUUCUUACAACAUUUUUAGUUUUUAAACUAUAAAUUUUUUUUCUGUUUAAUGUAUUAUAUAAAUUACUUAAAUAUUUUUAUAAUAGUACAUUGGCUCUGGAACCUUCAGUGACGUAUUUAAAGCAAUUUAAGGAACUGAAGGCGAGGAGAAGAUACUCGCAGUUAAAACAUAUAGAAACAGUGAUUCGGACAGCCUUUUAACAGAAUCAUCAUCAUUUGUGUCACGACCUUGCCAUGAAAAUAUAUUGAAAUAUUACGGCAUAACAACAAAUACUGAUCGCAGAACAUGUCUACUCUCAGAAUAUGCUGAUUGCGGAACUCUCUAUAAUGCUCUACAUCUAGAUGACUCUUCACAUCAAAAUGCAUUAGCAUGGAUGCUUCAGUUAGCCAAGGGUGUCGAAUUUAUGCAUCAACAAUUCAUUAUUCAUGGCGAUCUUAAACCAAGGAAACUGCUACUUUUUAAUAAUUAUCAGACUCUAAAGAUUUCCAUAUCGGAUUUGAUAUGUAUUAAGCCUACAUCGUAAAUGGUUGGAGCAUCGUAUUACAUGGCACCAGAAAUUGUAGAACGACCGGAGUACACAGUGAAGUGCGAUGUUUAUAGUUUUGGGAUAAUACUGUGGGAGGUUAUGUCACGAAAGAAACCUUUCAACAAUCUGGAGAAUGAAACCAGUUACUUUAUUUUAAAUAAAGUAAUGAAAGGUUUGCGGCCUGAUGUGAAUGAUGUGAACGUCAUUCAAAAUGCGGAACCGAUAAAAUUGUUGAUUACCAAUUGCUGGGAUCCGAAUCCAAAGAAGCGGCCGGAUAUGCAUGAGUUAAUAACGAGUUUUACAUCUUUUGUAAAUUAGUUUUCAAUAAUUUUUCUAUAUAUAAAAAAAAGUUAUAUGAAAGCUUUCAAGUGCAGUUCUAGCAAAAUUCUGUUUCGAACUGAAAAAUAUAAAAAAAGUUAAUACUAAACGUAA